GUUUGACAUUUUCGCCUUACAUAAUUUGAUGUUUUGAUUCGCAAAAGUUUUUUUUCCUGCGUGUAAAAAUGUCGAAUAUUCUCAAAACCUCGACAAAAUUGACGGGACUCGCUGUUGCCCAGAACCCGCAUCACACACUGACCUCGUUAUACAACAAAAUCCUGCGCGCCUUGUCGAAGAUGCCAGCUGAUGCGAAAUACCGUCAAUUCACGGAGAAGAUUGUGCAAGAACGGGCCAAAAUUGUCGCCACAACGCCAAAUGUCGCGGAAAUUGAGAAGACCAUCAAGUGUGGGCAAGUUGAGGAGCUCAUUGUGCAAGCGGAGAACGAGUUGCGAUUGGCACGGAAGAUGUUGGGAUGGAAGCCGUGGGAACCACUCGUUGCUGAGGCACCUAAAACGCAAUGGCAAUGGCCUCCAGCGCAAAUUAGUCCACAAAAGUAAACGUUUUUGCGUGGAGUAACGAUGAAAUAUUGUAAAAAUCUGGAAAUAAAUAUGAAAAUUUAGUGAUUAGAAAGUGUCGAAGAUUAUUU